AUGUCCAAGGGGCAACCUCAGCUGCCCGUCCUCAUAGCAGGUGCAGGCCUGGCCUCUCUCCUCCUCGCCCGGUCCCUCCUCCGCGCCAAGAUCCCAUUCCAAGUCUUCGAGCGCGACGCCUCCCUCUCAUUCCGGGGCCAGGGAUACCGCCUCCGCCUGUCGACCGAGGGUCUUGACGCCAUCGAGUCAGUGCUCGACGAGUCUUCCUUCCAGCGUUUCUACGACCAGUGCGGCAAGACCGGUGGCGGGGGGUUCGCAGACCUCGACGCCCGAACCGGCGAGUUGCUCGACCAGCAGGGCAGCAGUGGGGGCGGGGGAGGACCCGGAAACCUCGGCUCCCGCGACGGCAAGGUUGUAGGCAUCGCGCGCGGGGAUAUGCGCCGUCUCUUCAUGGAAGGAUGCGGGCCGUACGUGCACUUCAACAAGCACGUGGUCGGGUAUGAGAUCGCUGAGGGGCGCCACGAUGCCGUCCGCGCCAUCUUCGCCGACGGCACCAAAUCCGUGGACGGCUCUCUGCUCGUCGGAGGCGAGGGGAUCAAGUCCGCGGUCGCCAAGCAGGUCAGUGGCGGGCUUUUGAAAGUGUAUGACCUUGGGGCGCGCGGGAUUCACGGUCAAGCGCCCACCACGGCAUAUCGGGCCCUAGGCGAGGGCGUGUUCCGCAUGGUGGACGACGCGAACGCUCAAGGCCGCGUGUCGGUCAUCACGAACGUGCGGCCAGACGACAUGGACGAUCCGAGCGUCGAGUUCGGCUGGACCAUGGUCGGCGUCCCGGGCGCGAUUCGGGCGCCGAACGACGACUACACUAUCGUUGGCGAGACGGCAGCGCGGAUCGCCCAGGAGUUGACACGGGACUGGCAUCCGCGGUUCAAGCCGCUGUUCGACGACAUGAAUGUCGGGCAGGCCGCGUUUUGGAAGAUCACCUGCUCGACGUCGACCGGGGUGCCGGAGUGGAUUAACGAGCCGCUCGUGACGGUGAUCGGCGAUGCCGCGCAUGGGAUGACCCCUGCAGGAGGCAUUGGGGCGAACACUGCGGUCAGAGAUUCGGCGUUGUUGGGCCGGCUGUUGCGUGAGGCUGGGGGGAAUACGCCUGGCUUGACGGCCGAGUAUGAGCGGCAGAUGAGAGUCUACGCGAGUGAGGCGGUCCGGAGCAGCUAUGGCAUGGCGACGAAGCAGUUCCAGGUCAAUGUCGACGACUUGUCCGAGGUGAUCUGA